AUGCCUCAUAAUGAUUGUCUCGUCGUCGAGCUCCAGCUCGGAGACGUUGAAGUAAGCAGGAUAUUAAUCGACACAGGGAGUUUGGUAAACGUCAUAUUCAAAGAAACACUUAAGAAUAUGGAUUUUCUGGAUUUCGAAAUUCAGCCCUACAUGGAAUUAUUAACCGGGUUCACCGGAGAGAAAACAAGAACAGUAGGAACGGUGAAGAUACCUAUCUACGUAGGCGGCUCGGCCCGAAUGAUCAAGUUCUUAGUCCUCAACAAGCCAGCAAUAUACAAUGCGAUUUUGGGAACGCCCUGGCUGUUCGACAUGAAGGCCGUCGCUUCAACAUUCCAUCAGUGCGUCAAGUUCCCGACCCCGUCAAGCAUUUACACCCUCAAAGGAAGCCAGACCGCGUCUCGAUUAUGUCACCUAACCGAGUGCAAGCUCAGUCUUGCACGAACAUGCGUCAUCAGCCCCUUUCAGGAAGACAGCGCGGCCGCAGUAAGCCAGUUCGGUCCACCUAAGCAGAGCCGAGUUGAACAAGUCAGCAUCGACCCCACAGACCCAAAAAAAUGUGUUGGCAUUGGGGCCGAACUCGACAACAACAUUCGGGAAGCACUCAUCAGUUUCCUCCAGAAGAAUGUCUCCACAUUCACAUGGACCAUCAGCGACAUGCCCGGAAUCAAUCCAGAUAUCACUUGCCACGAGCUAAAUAUCGAUGCAACAUACAAACCGAUCAAACAAAACAGACGCAAGCUCGGACCCAAAAAAGCACGGGCAGUUAACGACGAGGUCGAAAAGUUGCUCGAAGCCGGUUCGAUCACGGAGGUUCGAUACCCGGACUGGCUAGCAAACCCGGUAGUCGUGAAGAAAAAGAAUGGAAAGUGGAGGAUUUGCGUCGACUUCACCGACCUGAACAAAGCUUGUCCCAAAGAUAGUUUUCCACUACCACACAUUGAUCGACUGGUAGAGGCGACAGCCGGCAACGAACUGUUAUCUUUUAUAGAUGCUUUCUCAGGGUACAACCAAAUACUAAUGCAUCCGGAUGAUCGGGAAAAGACUUCGUUCAUCACAGAUCGAGGAAUCUACUGCUAUAAGGUCAUACCCUUCGGCCUCAAGAACACGGGGGCCACGUAUCAAAGACUUGUAAGUGCGCCAGUCAGCUCGGAAAAAUGA